CAGACUGGGUCACACAGUGGACAAAUCGCACAUAAAGAACAAAACCAUACAUUCGUUUCUAUGCAACGGUAAAUCUUGUUCCUAUACGCAGGGACCAACGCACGACAUGAAAUCCAAAUCCACUCACGGCCGACAUGAUCAGCCGCUAACUGUGCCUCCCACUACCGAUGGAACAAUUCCCAAAACGGAUCUGAAUAAGAACAUGGUUGACAGUACAGACUUAGAAGCUCCUAGCUUGAACAUAUGAAGCCAGUGUACCAUGGCUAAGAUGGGGCUCUCAUUCAAGUUCGAUGUACUGACAUGCCCUCCACAACACGUUGCUCGGGAGCGUUCAUCCACGCGAUAAUUGAUACUUGCCCAGGACUACUUCCGCGAGAGAACUCUGGAGAACUGCCUUCUUAUGCUGAUGUGAACGGUGGACAUGCAAUUGCGACAGCAGUAGUAUGUCUGGGUCUGGUACUCCCCGCACUACUUGUGCGUAUAUAUACCAGGUCCUGUAUACUGAAAAGACGGCUACUCUGGACCGAGGAUUAUUUUCUUGUCAUCUCAACGGCACUCCUCAUAGUCUACGCCGGAUUGUCACUGAAGGCGUACACUUACAACAUCAGCAAUCAUGAUUGGAAGAUGGAUCUUGUCAAAACAGCCACAGCAUUGAAGUACGUAUACGCCGCCAUGUGUGUAUACGGCCCCAUUAUCAUGUUCGCCAAGCUCGCAAUAUUGUUCCAGAUCAAACGCAUCUUUCUCGUCACGCUCAUGGAGAGAAAUUUCACCUACUGGGCGUCCUGGUGCCUCAUCGUCGUCAACGCCAUCUCAUACAGCUCCGUCAUCUUCCUUGUCAUCUUUGGCUGCAAUCCUAUUUCGAAAUUUUGGACUCCAUACGGGUCUGGAAAGUGCUUGCGUCAAUACACAGGAACGCUUUCAGGCGUCUUCAAUCUCAUCUCCGAUCUUGGCAUCUGGCUUCUACCCUUGGUCGAGGUGCUGAAAUUGCGCCACCUGGAUAACAGUAAGAUGGUUGCUGUUGCAGCUGUGUUCGGUAUGGGUGUGCUUGCUGUAGUUGCCAGUGCUUUGCGUCUCUGGCAGUCGAUUAAAGGCGAGCUCACCGUCGAUACGUCAUGGAAUACGUACCCCACAGGAGCGUUUGUUGCCAACUACUUGAUCUCCUGGGGCGGUAUUGAAGCUGCGGCAGUCAUACUCUGCGGCUGCUUCCCAACAUUUCCGCGCUUCUUCCUGCACGUAAAGGGCUUGUGCCAAGCACCCAAAGAACUGACAUACGUCAGAGCAUCUGAAGAAACGAUCGGAGGCAAACGAUCAGAACGUGCGAAGAAGAUUAGGCCUACUGAGAGCGAGUUGAGAUCGAGGUAUGCGCGUGAGGAAAGCUUUAUGGGGACUGAGUUUCGCUUGGAUGAGAUUGCCUUGUGCGAUUCGGGGGAUGUUGAAGAGCAAAAGCACGUCGAGACAAAGACGGGUAGUGUGGACCUGACCAUUAGAACAGAGGAAUCAACAAGCUUGGACGGGAACGCUGCUAGUCAGAUACCGCGGUCGUUUCACUGAACAUAGAGCGGAAGACAUUACAGUCAGGUAGUUUAUCAAGGUCAAAAAGCUUCGGAGGAAAUUUGUUUGUUUGCGUGCAUCCUGGGGGAAGCCUGUCAUUUUGUAGCAUCGAAUGAAG